GCUACACUGAGCACAUGAUGUUAUGCAAAACCAGCGCACACAGAAUUAAAAAAGAAAAAGAAAAAUUGUACCGUAUUAAAACACCACUCAACAAUACUCAUAAAUUUCUCUUCAUUCCCAAAGUAGUAGUACCAUCGUUUUCUCCGUUUAUGUUGUUGUUGAAUUGUUUUCAGAAAACACUUUAAAAAAAACUCCCAUUUCUCUUCAGAUAUUUUCGGAUCUCCCUCAAAUUUGCUUUCUCAAUUCAAAAACAACCACUUUUCACGUUUCAUUCAUCUCUGUCCCGAAGACAUUGCUUCGAAAAAUGAGCACAGGCGAGCUUCUCAGCAUCGAACCCCUCGAGCUCAAAUUCCCCUUCGAGCUCAAGAAACAGAUCUCUUGUUCGCUUCAAUUGUCUAAUAAGACCGAGAAACCCGUUGCAUUCAAGGUGAAGACUACGAACCCGAAGAAGUAUUGUGUCCGACCAAACACCGGGAUUGUUUUGCCGCGAUCAAAAUGCGAUGUCAUAGUUACUAUGCAAGCACAAAAGGAGGCGCCUCCUGAAAUGCAAUGCAAGGACAAGUUUCUCCUGCAAAGCGUAGUAGCUAGCCCAGGGACAACCCCAAAGGAAAUUACCCCAGAAUUGUUUAAUAAGGAGGCUGGACAUGUUGUUGAGGAGUGCAAAUUGAGAGUGAUUUAUGUUUCUCCACCCCAACCACCAUCGCCAGUUGCAGAGGGAUCAGAAGAAGGCUCUUCACCAAGGGCAUCCUUGACGGACAACGGGAAUUUGAUUGGUUCCGAGGUUACGAAAGCAUUUGUCGAGGCUCAUGACAAAUCUUCGGAGGCAAGAGCUCUUAUUUCAAAGUUGACCGAGGAGAGGGCUACUGCAAUUCAACAAAGUAACAGGCUUCGUCAGGAACUGGAACUCUUGAGGCGUGACAGCAACAAAAGUUCUGGUAAUGCCUCGUUCAUGUUUGUCAUCAUUGUCGGGUUGCUUGGCAUCAUUUUGGGGUAUCUCAUGAAGAAAACAUAACCGUUAAUCCGGUUUCGUUCAUGUUUGUCACCAUUGUCGGGUUGCUUUGGCAUCAUUUUGGGGUAUCUCAUGAAGAAAACAUAACCAUUCAUCUGGUAUUCAUCUUUUGCCUUAAAUUUUUCCCUACAAUUUCUGUGUACUCCACCAUAAAAAAUAAAAAAAAAACAAUGUAGAAAAGAGAGGAAAUUCAGGAGGGGAGAGGGUAGUGUUUUUAUUUAACUUUGGGGCAAAAGAAAAAAUGUUUAGGUGGUAUAAUGGCCUUUGUAGUUAUUAAAAACUGCAAACUAUUGUUUUGGUGACUCAUGCUUCGUUAACAUGCAUUCUACUGGUAAUUUAAAGAUUUCUUCUUUGUUUC